UGCUGACGCGACUCGCCAGGAAAAAAAGAGUGUGUGAACCCUCUGGCUUUAGCUAGCGACUGUGUCAAACCUAAUAGGUUGUGCGGCCUGAGUGUACUAUUGUUUUUGGAGGAUAGGAGGCAAGCUAACGAUAAUAAUUCUGCAAUAAUCUUAGCCUGCGACUAACCGACCUCUCCCGUAUGUGAUCGCCCUUCCUCGUCGUCGGACGCUGCCAGCAGCUAGGGCCAAGGAACAAAACAGCAUAUCGCCAUUAUAUGAUCCAGUGUCCAGCGUCAGUUUUACCCUCCAUGUGGGUGAGGGAACUGUGUGUGUCAGACUAUGGCGAGAAAAACAGUUAGCAGGAAAAGGAAGGCAGGAGAGCCCAAGGACCAACAACAGCUGGGCUGGUGUCAGGCCCCACACAAGCGGAGCCGUGUUUCUUGUUCAUCACGUCAUGCCCAGCAGUGGUGGUGCAGUCGGCGCUCAGUGGUGUGUGCCCUCCGAGGGCGGGAGUUUAGACCUCAACAGCAGCAUGAGUUACGGCUCCAGCGGAGCCUACGGGGCUUUGCUGCCGGCAGGCUCCCUGGGAUCCUCAAGGAGAGGGAGUUCUCUCUGGGGCGACUUAACAAGGUGUUUGCUUCACAAUGGCUGAACCACCGGCAGGUGGUGUGUGGGACCAAGUGCAACACGCUUUUUGUAGCCGAUGUCCUGACUGGGCAGAUAACACGCAUUCCCAUGCUGAAGGACAGGGAGUGUAGUGGUGGAGGCUCUGGGGUGGUGGAUGCAGUGGUGCCGGGGCAGCAUUACCACCCCACAGGAGGCUCCCGUUCCCGGCUGGACCAGCAGGGCUGCGGGAUCCACGCUAUUGAGCUCAACCCCUCUAGAACACUGCUCGCCACAGGAGGAGACAAUCCCAACAGCCUGGCCAUCUACCAGCUGCCUACACUGGACCCUGUUUGUGUCGGAGAUGAUGGCCACAAUGACUGGAUCUUCUCCAUAGCGUGGAUCAGUGACAAUAUGGCAGUUUCAGGGUCCAGAGAUGGCUCCAUGGGCCUGUGGGAGGUGACGGAGGACGUGAUGAGUCAGGCAGAGCAGAGUCAGAGUGAGCAGGCAGUGCCCUCCUACGCCCACAUCUCCCACCGUGCCCUAAAGGACAUUCCCAAGGAGUUCACCAACCCAUACAACUGCAAAGUCCGUGCUCUGGCCUUCAAUAACAACCAUAAAGAGCUGGGUGCUGUGUCAUUGGAUGGCUAUUUCCACCUCUGGAAAGCUGAGCAUAACUUGUGCAAGCUGCUGUCCACCAAGCUGCCUCACUGCAAAGAGAAUGUGUGUCUGGCGUAUGGACAGGACUGGUCAGUGUACGCUGUUGGUUCUCAGGCCCACGUCUCUUUUCUGGAUCCACGGCAGCCUACACACAGCAUAAAGUCUGUCAAUUCCAGAGAGAGAGGAAGCGGGAUCCGUUCAGUAAGUUUCUAUGAACACAUUGUGACAGUGGGUACCGGCCAAGGUUCCCUCCUUUUCUAUGACAUCCGGGCCCAGAGAUUCUUGGAGAACCCUUUGAAUCCAGCCGGGGGGUACCGAAAGUGCCCAGGAGAUGGCAUCCUCAAGCUCACUACAGGGAAAGGCUGGCUGAAUCAUGAUGAGACGUGGAGGAGUUACUUCUCAGACAUUCAUUCCUUCCCCAACGCAGUGUACACCCACUGCUAUGACGACUCCGGCACCAAGCUGUUUGUAGCAGGUGGACCACUCUGUUCUGGCCUGCACGGCAACUACGCAGGACUGUGGAGCUAGCCUCUUCGUCCCCUCCAUCGCUCUAUCACUACAUCCUCGUCCAGAUUUUUAUUUAACCAGUCCCUCCAUCCCUCUCCCUCUUAAAGUCCAUUGACAUCACAGUCUUUGAUGUGUAUCUGUUUUGCAUUUUUGCUCACAUGUGGACUCAGGAGCAUGAUCUUGCCCCCACCGUAUCACGGCUUUGAGUAUUGUCCUUGUGUUUCUGUGUCCACAUUACACUAUCCGUUUAUCCACUAUCCAAGUACUCCUUUGCUCCUUCCACCUAAGCUACUCGAAGCGAAGUCUGCCACUGAGGACCUCAGAACAGUUUAUACAGUAAUACAGGCGUUCAUCAUUUUAAACAAUGACAUACCACUCGCAGGGAUUAGGAUAUGAUCUUUUGCUGGCUUGUUUUUGUAUGUAAGGAUAGUGUUUCCGCUGCUUCCUCUGUGAUAAAUGACUGUGUCUUUGUGUGAAAUACUUGUGGAAUUUUCUCCCAAAAGUUCCUUUUUCAUUCUCUCACUGAAAUAGACGGCAAUAAAGAGAGGGAGAGAGGAAGGACUGACGAGACAAUUCAUUUUGAAGGACUGAACCAGAGUGGAGUUUGACAUUUGAUAGAGAAUAUUUACUGGUUGGAACAGCCCGUCCUGUCCCACAGCAAUCACAAAGAACUUCUUUCUUCUCCCGUCAGAAGUAAAACGAAGAAGACAGCCUGCCCAACGGAAAUGGGACUUUGUGUUCAUAUUGAGAUGAUGUAAAGGAGAAACAUUGAGAUUGCUAAAUGCAGUGUUGUUGUUCUGCUAUUAAUUAAUCCCAACAAAAGUGUAUUUUAUUUUUUUGACUCUGUGUGAAUUGACAGGCAUACUCCCUGCUGAUAUUCUAAUUAUUCUAAUUUGCUUUAUGUGUAUUUAUUUUCCCCUUUUCUCUGUCACCUUUUUUCAAAUGGUCAGGGUUGUUAAUGUUGUUUUUUUCUUUUCUUUUGAAGGAUGUUUUGUCUUUGUUCUUUAUGUUCCUGUUCUCUUUGACCAGAACGCUUUCAGCAGGUUUGUGUUCAGAUUCUGAUCUGUAAGUGUUGUGGUGUUACUAGAGAAUUUACCCCAAGAUUUUGAGUUAUGGUAGCAAGUUAUCAAAUAUGAUGAUUGAUAGAUAACUGGGUUCAAUCCCCUGUGAUUCUGGGACUCCUCCACAGGGACUGGGGUAGCUCACUUUGAUCUUGUCAACCAUCCACCAAGAAGGAUGCAAGGAGAACUAACACAUUUUUUUGGACUCUACCCUGGAGUCAGAUGCUGCAGGCACAUACACUUGUUGCCACAGUUGUAGAACUUUCUUCCCCCCCCCCCUCUUUUUGUAUCAAGGAGUGAGUGAUUCUGCUCUUUUCCUUGUUUGGUAGAGGCAGGGUAGGCUUGAGUUACUUUCUUUUUGCCUUACUGAAGUCUUUCUGUGAAAGACUGCCACAGGCGAUCAUAGUUUUCCUUUUCUACAUGGAACUUUUCUCUAGUUUUCAUGAUAAUGACAGAUUGAAAAGAGAAACCCCAAUUACGACCACGAAUUGAUCAAAUAACCAACACUUUUAAAGUGUAUUUUAUAUAUAAAUGUGUAUAUGUAUGUGUAAAAUACAUAGGGACAAUUGCAUACAUUUUUAUGUAUAUGUCUGAGGAAGUGUGUGGAUUGAUGUGUCUACUUGGUGAUGCCCUGUUUUUUUAUACACGCCUCAUGAAUGUUUUUACAAAUGACUGAAUCUGAGGAUAUUGUAAAAUAUAAACAUCUGAAAAAAACAAGCUAUUAAAUCUAUAAAAAGAGUAAAUAAUAAAAAUUAAACGUAUA